UGAAAGUAGAGUUUGCUGUGGGGAGUUACAGUGGAACUCUGAAGACAUAUUUCUCCAUAUUUUUUCUCAUCCAUCAGACUACAGAAUAGUCGAGGACACUGUCGAAAACUAACAUGACCAAUAUAUCAACAAUAUUGCAAUCCUUCCUUGCCUUUAGUUACUUCAUGCACGUCUAUCGAGCAAGUUGUCCAGUUCUGGAGUGCUGGUUUGUCCAGGAGAAACCAGGUGGGGGCUUCCAUGCUGCUAUGAGCCAGGAGAAGUCACUACUUUACAUCAAUACAGACCCAGACAGUGAAGAAACCAGGUCAAAGCAGGGACCAUCUACAGACCAUGAUAGAGUCUACUACGAAACAGACCCAGCAGCUACCCUCUGCAGUUCUUCUCUGCACCCACCAGAAGGCACAGUCCAGAAGCCACAGUGUGAGAUCAACCCCUUCAUGCCCCAGCCAUCCACCGUCCAAUGGACAGCCUCACUCACGGACUCUGCCCACAGUCCGAUCUACCUGCAAGCCGACUGGUACACUGCUGCCUUGCAGGGCUUUGACGGACAGCUGCGCCUCUCCAAUGUCAUGCGUGCUCCCACGGCAACCAAGGAACCCAAGGUGGUGCUCAGUGUGUCCAGUAGAACCUUCAUGGUCCGUUCCAGACUCGGGGAACCGGUUGUUCUAGACUGUGGGUUCUGGGUGGAUGCCUCUUCUCCUCUCUCUGUCUCUGGCUUCGCCGUGGAGUGGCGCUACCAGUUCAGGGGCGAUGGCCGUCUGGUCCUGGCCUACGACGGCAAGAGUGACCGAUUUGCAGAGACCCAGGAAGAGGGAGCGGGGCUAGACUUCACGGCUCUGCACGAGACAGGAAAUGCAUCACUGAUCCUGCAGGAAGCUCAAGUGCGCCACUCAGGAACCUACAUCUGCACGGUGUACUUGCCCUAUCUCUUGGCUCAGGUGGCAGUGGAGCUGGAGAUUGUAGAGCCUCCUUCCCUCUCCAUCUUCCCCUCCCCGCUCCCUCUCUCCGUGUCCGGCCAGGUGGUGACAGUGCAGUGCGAGGCGUCAGGAUUCUACCCCCUCUCCCUGGAGUUCCGCUGGGUGUUAACAGGGCCGGACGGUAGGGUCAGGCCCCUGGGCCAGGGCAGCGUGACGGGCCACAGACAGGGCCCAGACAGCACCUACAGCCAGACCAGCCGUGUGGAGUUGGACUCAGCCAAGCUGGACCUGGACCGCGGCGGGGAGGUCACCUGUGUGGCUGUCCACCGUGGAGGCACCCGGCGGGCCAGCGUCACCCUCAAUAUCACUGGUGUCAGUGCUUCCUCCAUUGAGGACUAUAUGGCGAUGGUUGCUGUGGCCCUGGGGAUCUAUGGUUUGAUCAAGGUCGUCUCCUGGACUUUUAGCUCUGGGUUCGAUGAUGCUAACGCACAAGAGAAGAAAGUGAAGUAAAUGUGGAAACACCUGGGAUUUCCAGGUGAGUAUGUAAUGGAACAAAGAUGGAAUUUCAGAAAUAAAUGUGUACAGUUUGUGGAAGGUUGUGGAAGGUGGUACAUGGAAAUAAGAUAUUUAGUUUCUGACAGCAGUUGCCAAUGAAUUUAUCUUACAAGAAUAUGGUAAACAAUAUUUUCUUUGUAAAACAUAUUUUAAUAGAUGACUGAUUUAAAUAUUGACAAAUUAAAAUACUGUUUUACAACAGUGUGAGAAUUAAUCUCUCGAAGAAGGGAAAAGGGGGAUACCUAGUGUAACGUCCUGACCAGAGUUCUUAUGUGUUUUGCUUGUUUAGUGUUGGUCAGGACGUGAGCUGGGUGGGAAUUCUAUGUUGUGUGUCUAGUUCGUCUGUUUCUGUGUCCAGCCUGAUAUGGUUCUCAAUCAGAGACAGCUGUAAAUCGUUGUCCCUGAUUGAGAAUCAUAUAUAGGUGGCUUGUUUUGUGUUGGGGAUUGUGGGUGGUUGUUUCCUGUCUCUGUGUUUGUGGUCUGCACCAGCUAGGACUGUGACUGUUAGUUUGUUUUGUCAUUUUGUAUAGUGUCUUGUUUUGUGUUAAUUAAAUCAUGGAAAAUUACCACGCUGCACAUUGGUCCUCAGAUCCUUCUCGCCUCUCCUCGUCUGAGGAGGAGGACGACUUAGACUGCCGUUACACCUAGUCAGUUGUACAAUUGAAUGCAUUCAACUGAAAUGUGUCUUCUGCAUUUAACCCAACCCCUCUGAAUCAGAGAGGUGCGGAGGGCUGUCUUAAUCGAAAUCCAAGUCUUCGGCGCCCGGGGAACAGUGGGUUAACUGCCUUGCUCAGGGGCAGAACAAAAGAUUUUUACCUUGUCAGAUCGGGGAUUCGAUCCAGCAACCUUUCGGUUACUGGCCCAAUGCUCUAACCACUAGGAGACUAAGAGACUUUUGCAUAUGAGCGUGUGUACAUGUGGAUGCAGAUAAUUUCAUGUUGUGUUAUUAGUGGUUCUAAUUGGUUAAUGGACCCUGUAUUUAAAGAUUGAACCCUAUCAUUAUUUGCUUUCUAUGGAUUCUGAAGGUAAUCUUCAAUUCUUUUCAAUCUUUUCUUUUUUUUUAUCCAUGUGUAACUCUGUGUUGUAUGUGUCGAACUGCUUUGCUUUAUCUUGGCCAGGUCGCAAUUGUAAAUGAGAACGUGUUCUCAACUUGCCUACCUGGUUAAAUAGAGGUGAAAUAAAAAAAUUGGAAUAUAGAUUUUUUUCAUCAUGGAAGUGUGUUUAUAUAUUGUUUUCAUUUUGUUUGUUUUGGGUAAUAUUUAAUUAUAUAUAGGCUACUGUGAAUCGUUUUUUCUUAUUGAUGUUCCUACCAUCACGUCAGAGUUGUUAGAUUAAUGUGUUGUCAGGAAUGAGCAACAACUUUGAGUAAAUGAAGACUAUUUGUGAUGGGAUGUAAUAAAACCUUUGUUCAUCUUCA